UCACGUAGAAAACAUUGUUGGAUAAAUAUUUUUGGUGUCAACUUCACAUAAAGCGUAAUAUUGAAAAGUAAACGUCCAAACUUUGAACUUGUUUCAUUGAAACUACACUAACUUUUGCCACAAAUACGGUUAUGCAGGUGAGCUUCGACCAUGGUGGGCACUUCUUAAUCAUUGUUUUGGCCUAUAAUCACUUUCAAGAUUAUUGAUCAACACGGAUAUAACGUCCCAUUGAACACACAAAACGCAACUAAUGAGGACACAUAUAUGUCAACUAAAGCGGUAAUGACAGUAGAUGACUCGAUGACGGUACCGGACGCUAUUUAAAUAGUCUGCAACAUAUCUAAACAAAACAAUGUUCAAUGAAAUUUGGUCUAAUCAAUCUGGAUGUCACAGUCCAUUUCCAAGUCGUCAAAGCAUUACAUCAAAUCAAAGGUUGAUCCUGGCUCUAUGUUACGCGAUCCUUACACCGUUAGCACUAUCUCUGAAUGGAUUCUUGAUAUAUGGAUUGUUCAAAACUAAGCAACAUAGUCACAUGUUCGCCCGGUUUAUUCUCGUGUUAUCCGUUUCGGAUUUUUGUAUUGGAUUAUUUGUUCAACCCGUUUUAAUUUAUUUAUUUAUUUCAAAAGAGGAAGGAAGGACAAGCUGUUUGGUGUCAUGGUAUCUAACUUUUGUGGCUUAUGUGUUGCUAAAUCUUUCUGGGUUGGUCAUUUUUUUAGUCUCCGUUGACCGAUUUUUAAGGUUGAGAAAAUCACUAACGUACGUGCAUUUGAUGACCAUUAAGCGAGUCAACAUGUUGUUGUUAACAGCACUUGUGUUUUCGAUUGCUAUAGCAGUGGGAUGUAUUGUCACAUCCGAAUUGGGAUACUUUUGUUAUUACAACAUGGUAGUGAUAUCGAUAAAUGGAUUGGCUGCUGGAGGGAUAUUGAUAUUUUAUUUGUUGGCAUGGAGAAACGUUCGGCAUAGAAUAAGUUCAUUACGUAGUUUUCAGAAAAGCAGAAGUUCACUGAAUAACAUUACCUCAUGUUUGAAUGAGGAUUUGCCAGUAACAACACAAGCGAAUGACAAGCUCUCCCAAAAGAAAUUAUUAAGUAAAUCAAAAAUAUCGCUCGCUGCAAAGAAAUCAAGACCGCAAUACGACGCAGCAAUGACAAGAACUGUGGCAGCGAUUUUAUUAUGUUGUUGUCUUACCUACCCACCAUAUUUUGGUGUCUCCUUUAUUCGUUCUUUGCGUUUAGCUAUACAGGGUGAAUGCAAGAAUAAAUCAAGUGAGAACACCAUUUGGUUUUUCGCAGCCUUUUUUCUGAUGUUUAUAAAUUCGACAGCGAACGCUAUUCUGUAUUCCUGCCACAACAGACCGCUGAAAGAGUUAAUGAAAAAACUGUUAACACGUGUUGUUAAAGAAUCCAAUGUUGUGAUUGAGUUGACAUCGAAAAGCAGUUCGCAGGCUGUUUGUGAAGCAAACGGAACUAAACAACGUGAUAAUGUGUAAACAGUGUAAUGUCUAUUUACAGAGUGGUCUAGAACACUGGUUAAGUAUGAACGCACGAGACGUGGAUUUAUAACUAUCCGGUAAUGUGUUUUAAAUUCUGUAAAUGUUGUAGAGACCUCACAUUCGCUCAUUUAUCGUGCCAAAAAAAUAUUUACUCCUAUCCUCGUCCCCAGGUUGGUUUUUGCCUUCUUGAUAUGAAAGAAGACGGCGAAAAAAUAUGCUUGUAUCGUUGACCGUAUUUUGAAGUAUGAUUGGCUUUCACAUUUUCACAUAAUUAUGAUGAUUUUUUUUUCUUAGUCAGCACUUUUUCAUGAAGCCGUGGUUGAUUAGAUCUGUAAACAAAAAUUUUAACAUAAAGCUUUAUGAAAAACCUUUUUGUGUUA